AAAAAAAAACAUGGGCCAUUUUUUAUGGGCACAUAAAGACAGAGAAAAAACGCUUCAAGGUUAAAUUCUGGGAAUAGUAGAGAUCAGAGAUUCGCCAAAUUAUUGACAAUAACGCCAAUUUAACAAUUUAUACCAUCUCUCGAUUACUCUUCCGUAUCUCCUUAAGACUGUUCAGAAGUGUUCCAAUACGACUUCAGUCUAAUAAGGAUUUAAAAUCCUUUUCGAAGAAGAAAAAAUUUUCAAUUAUUUUUUUUUCUAUUCAUUAAAUAAUCAAUUAAGAAAAUGGGUAAUGCCUUGAGCUCAGCAGAACAAGCUGCCUUGAAGAAAUCCUGGGCUGCAAUCAAACCCAAUGCUCAAAAAACCGGAAUUGAAACAUUCGUGAAGCUUUUCAAGGACAAUCCCAAGUACAAGGCCAAGUUCUGGAGGAUCAAGGAUGUUUCAAACGACAAGCUCAAUUCAAACAAGGCCCUUCAUUGCCAUUCUCUCAUGUUCACUCGGGCCGUUGGAGCCAUGGCUGAAAAUAUCGAGGACACUCAAAUGAUCGACGAAGUGUGCCACAGAUUAGCAUACAGGCACAGACGACUCAACAUUAAUGAAAAGGAUCUGAAGGUUGCCACGGAUAUUUUUAUUGACAAAAUGGGUUCGGGUGUGGACACUAAGGUCUGGAAAACUGCGUUCGACAAGAUGAAUCCGACUGUUGGAAAGUACAUGAAGGAAUUGGAGAAGGCCGGUAUAUAAUUCCCAUUAUUGAACAUUGAUUGAAAUGAAUCAUGAUCUUGAAAAUGGCGUGAAAAUAAACGUUGUGAAAAUA